CACGAAACGUCAGCGCCAGCAAGAAGUUCGGGGAAAGAGCGAGGCAGCCUGGAAACUACGCGGUGCGGUCUGUGAGCGGCAGAGGUGCUUUGUUGGCGUAGAAAACAGUCCAUCGAGUGCCAGGAGAAGAAGGGACCAAAGCAAGGAGGAAAAUGAAGGUGCUGGCUCUUGUGCUGUUCCUGGGGGCCGUUCUCUCUCCAGCCUUCGCUCAGAUGGAAGAAUUCCAUGUGGAAGAAGAAGGAAGCCCUGCAGAAGAGGAAGAGGAACUGUUCAAAACUCCCACUGCUAAGAUGGCUGCUGCAGCUACCAACUUUGGUUUCAACCUUUACCGUCAGCUUGCCUACAAAGACCUCAGCAGCAACGUCUUCCUAUCCCCCCCUAGUGUGGCUGCUGCUCUGUCUCAACUCUCCUUAGGUUGCUCUCCCUCAACAGAGAAGCAGCUAUACAAGGUACUCCAGUAUCAUCUGAUGCAGGAACCAGAGCUGCACACCACCCUAAAGAACCUGCUGUCUGCUGUCAGUGAUCCAGGAAAAGGUUUUAAGACUGCCGCUCGCAUAUAUCUUGAAAGGAAACUCCGUGUAAAACUGGACUAUCUAAACACUGUGGAGAAGGAGUAUGGGGUACGGCCCAAAGUACUGGUUGGUAAUCCACGAGUUGACCUCAAAGAAGUAAAUGACUGGGUGCGCCAGCAAACCGGGGGGAAGAUUGACCGCUUCCUAUCAGCUAACCUGCCACGUAAUAUUGGGGUACUACCCCUAGGGGCUGCUUAUUUUAAAGGUAAUUGGGUGAAUCGUUUCAGCCAAGGAGGCCGACCCCAAGACUUCAAGGUGGAUGACUUGAGAUCUGUCAGUGUGCCCAUGAUGAGUGAGGAGAGGUAUCCUGUUAAAUUGGGGAUUGAAUCCAAUCUCAGAUGUAAGAUUGCCCAGGUCCCCAUGCAAGGGGAUGUAAGCAUGUUGCUGUUCCUUCCCGAUGAAGUCAGCCAGAACCUUACCCAAAUUGAGGAAAGCCUGAAUGCUGAAUUCAUCCAUGAUAUUGUCACACUCCUACAGCCAGUAGACGUCUCACUGACUCUUCCAGCACUCAAACUGAGCUACACAACUGAUCUGCUCCCCACACUAGCUGACCUGGGUCUACAGCAGUUCAUUUCCACCCCAGAACUGGUGAAGAUCACUUCUCAGCAGGCCAAAGUAAAUAGUUUGCAUCAUAAGGUGGCCCUAGAAGUGACAGAGGAAGGCGCUCAGCCACUGAGCAAUAUGGCGAGGGGGCUAUAUAUGGCAUUCCACGUUAACCGGCCUUUUAUCUUUGUUGUGAGGGAAGAGACAUCUGGAGCCACUCUUUUCAUUGGCAGAGUUAUGAACCCCAGCAAGUUUCAGUCUCUCUGAGGGAGACAUAGUGAUAUGCCACCUCUGUAUGCUUAAGCACAAGAGCAAUUUAGACACGCACCUGGGUGCACAAUAACCAAGCGGUGGUGCACCCAAAGGGCAGCUUCCGUGAUGCAAAGACCUCGCAGGUAUCAGCACAACUGAGGCACAACAAGUGCUGCAAAAGUCAGAGACACACGUGCAUGUACACGCACGCACUCACCCACCUCCAAAGAGUCAUACAACUGGAAGGCACGAAAACUGCCAAUGGCACCACAACAUCUGAGCUAUCAAAUGGACAGUGACCCAGGGAAUCACGACGAUAGUCUGGAGGGUGCAAGUCAUGAAGAGAAUAUACACAAAAUUGGGUUUGGAUCAUUGGGAUAGAAAACCCACAAGACUGCAUGCAGUCAUUCUAUAACACUGUUGAGAAUGACAAAUCAUCAUAUUAUUAAAAAAAAAACUGUCCUGCUCAGCUAGAUUGUUCAGAUCAAACACACAAAAAUAAAAAAGGCACAAAUCACGUCAGAGAAUUUAUUAAUCAGGCCAAGAGGGCUCUCAUUGUGUCUCAGUUGGGCUGACUUGCUUUUGUAAAUAAAUAAAUCUAUUAGGGCAAAACGGGAAGUUUCUAGUUACUCCAAAAAUGCAGAUGACAUCCGGGCUCUGUGGGUGGUUGACUUUCAUUUUUCUUUGCUAGGAUUUUGUAUCAGUGUUCCUAAUAAAAAUGUUACCCUGUGACUGGCCA